UGCCUUAAACAGUUAAAAAGUUGCUCAGGUAAUAAAUGGCAUCAGGUGUAAGUUACACCGAUCCACUUAUACUUACUCUAUUUGACAUUGUACAACUUGUUCUUGUUCUGAAAGUUCUUGUUCUGAAAUGUCUGAUGCAGACGCAGGCGGCAACCCGUGUAAUUCAUCUUCAGAAUCUGACGAUGACGUCGGUUCCGUCCUCGCCGACUUCGGAAGCUUUCGAUAUAACUCAGUAGUCCGAGGAAUAUCUUGUGAUUCGUCAGAUAAAUAUCGCUUAUAAGAUGGCGGAAUCUUUCUCCCACGAUCCAUUUCUCGAUCCCACUCUUAAAAACAACUACAGGUAGGUCGCCAUUGCUCUUUCCUCUCAAUCAACUUGACGCAAUCCUCGUUCUGGAUCGCACUCCAGUUUCCGGUCGCAGGUGUGCGCAUGUGCGAUGAAAUCUGGUACAAUGCGGAAUAUUGAAUAUCAAAUGCUGAUUUUUCGCGCUUGGACCAUUACUCACAGAGCUAUUGAGUGUAGUCAGUUUGCAAAUUGCAUAUUCAUUUUUGCAUGAUCCUGUUAGACCGCUAAUUAUCACGUGUGAUUCCGAGUUUUAGGACCUACCGCUUAUCCGGUUUAUUUUUAAAUAUUGUGGCGGCCUUUCGCAGCGGAGCACUAACGGUCGCGGUUCGAAGUAGUCUGACUUGAAGAACUAUCAAUAUUAACACGAUGGUAAUGUUGGCUGUUUUUGCCUUUGAUGAUUUUUCUGUCGACAUUGGUGAGCUUUCCUGGAUUGAGGGAGAAUUUGACGAGCAGAAUGAAGCACAAGAAUAUAUCGUGCGAUGGAGGGAACGAAAUGGAAAAGUUAAACUUUGUUCGGCCAAAAUAAUGGCAACCGGAGGUAAGACUGACAAUUACAUAAAAUCAUGUUCUAUUUGGACCAAUAGUAACUUAUAACAGUAACGUAUAUAGGCCUACUUAAUUAUAUCAGUUAGAUGUAGGCCUAUCUAUUGAUUUACUGCAGUGUGCUCGUGCAGUAAUUUCCGUAAAUAAUUUACACCUAUGCAUGCAUAUAUAUGCAUCUACUAGGCCUAUCGCCUAGAUCUAGUUCUCAUGCAGCUAAGCUUGUUGCAACUUUAUUAAAUGGAAGUUAAUUAUGACUUAUAUGCAUACGACUAGCAUUAUCUGAUGUUCUUUCUAUUUAAUCCCGACUUAAUAGAGGAUAGGAGAGAACUGGUCGAAGUGAGGAAGAAAGCGGAGUUAGGCCUUCUGGAUGUGGCAGUCACACCUACAUCUAAAUGUGGAAAAGGCCAAAGGCGAAAAAUUCCAAAUUCAAAGAACGUGGCGCCAUCUGAGGAUGGAAAUGAUGAGCAUGUGGCCGAGCCGAAGACCAAGUCAAAACGCAAGCAGGCAUCAACUGCACAAAGUGCCAGCAAAAGUAUUUUGCAGAAGUACAAAAAUGCACAAUUGGAUAUUGACAACUCUGCCAUAACUGCAACUGAGACCCCAUCUCGCUCAACUGAGACUCCUUGUGGCAAAAGAUGUGCUGAAGCAGUACGACAAAUGCAGGCAAUGGUGAAUGAAGUGAGAGGCAUCAGACAAGAGAUUCUGGGCAUAAGAGCAGAGAUGCUGGUGAGAUCGGCAGCGCCCUCAGUGGAGCAGGCACGAAGGUGUCAACCGCCUAUUGCGGCCAAUACGGCCAAACCAUCAACACCAUUGGAUGUAACCAAUGAAGAUGAAUCUGCCUCAAAUGAUUCUGUGAUCAUCUCUCAAUCUGUGAAAUCGAGAUCUUCACGGACCUCGGCACAAAAAUUUGUGAAUGACCUCAUGCACGGGAUUUACUCUACGGAAUAUAUGGCGACACACAGCGUGUCUGGGUUAUCCUCAACGAAGGCAGCCAACGUCAAGGCGGCACUGCCUCGUGACCAUGUCAUGGAAAUUAUUGCUGAAGCACGCAAGGUCUUCCCCGAGGCAGCGGAAGCUGACAUCAGGCGCUUCAUGAGGGAAAAAUUGUCUAAUGCAGCCAAAAUUCUGCGGCGUAAAGAUAAGUCUGACCGGACUUAAUGCUAUAUAU